CAUUCUCAGAACAGGUGGAAGCUCCGGUUCAACGAGCCUCUGUUGUUCACAAUAGAAAGGGCUCGGAGCCGGGGAAACACUUUAAAUUCACAUUGCAGUGAAAGAAACGCGAACUCUUUGCCUUAAAUCACGCGUUGUUCGACAGUUUGGAGUAAUUAUGAGCGGUUUCCAGUGAGAAAUUAUGCGAGCGAAGAGCGAACAAAUCAACACAAACUGCGCAGUCAUAGUUUAAUGGGAGCGGUGACCUGAGCAGAUAUGCCUGCUGACGACAAGGUUGCCAUCCUGACAGAUGACGAGGAAGAGCAGAAGAGGAAGUAUGUCUUGGACGAUCCGUUCAACACCCUGUCGGUGGGUGAGCAGCAGGUUGAUGUGUCCACGACACCUGUGCCCCCGGCCGACACGCCGACGGAACCACCCUCGGCUCUACAGCGUGACAACAUUGACUGCUGCGAGAGGAUAUGCCUCCGCAUCAACAGCCACCUGCUCAUCUCCAAAAUAUUCUACUUUUUCUUCUACGCCGCCUAUGGAUCACUGCAUCCCCUGCUGGCCGUGUACUACAAGCAGCUCGGCAUGUCGCCCAGCCGCAGCGGGCUGCUCGUCGGCAUCCGCUACUUCAUAGAGUUCUGCAGUGCCCCGUUUUGGGGCGUGAUCGCCGACCGCUUUAAGAAGGGGAAAGUCGUCCUGCUGUUCUCUGUGUUCUGCUGGCUGGUGUUCAACUGCGGCAUUGGAUUUGUCAAACCCGCUGAGAUAAAGUGCGUGGAAAAAUACCCCGCGACGACGACGGCGAUGCCCACGACCACUGUGAACCCUGCCACGACGACACUUGUGUUCAACAAUGACACAGAUCUGGGCAACUCAACCAACCACACCAGGCGUCGCCGGAGCUUUCUGGACCUUCCUAGUAUUUUUAAACACCUGGACUUCACUGUGCUCUCCAGGUUUAAACGAGACACUGACACUAACUCAACAUCACCCCCGUUUAUGCCGUUAAACACCACCCAGGCUGUGCCAAACACCACCCUGUCCACCACCACAACCACCACCGCUCCUGGACCAACCACUGCCAAGGAGUUCCAGAUCAUAUUCAACCAGGACCAGGUGGAGAAAAUCUUUCUAAUCAUUCUGCUCGUCAUCAUUGUUGGCGAGUUCUUCAGCGCCCCGGCUGUCACGAUCGUGGACACAAUCACUCUGCAGUACCUCGGCAAAGCGCGCGACCGCUACGGCCUGCAGAGGAUGUGGGGCUCCCUGGGCUGGGGCAUGGCCAUGCUGCUGGUGGGAAUCUGGAUCGACCACACGCACGUCAAUGUCACGGUCGAAGGCGACGGCUGCCUCGUGCCCGAGUACCGCCAGCACAACUACCAGCUGGCCUUCAUCGUCUUUGGUGUGCUGAUGGGCUUGGCGCUCAUCGUCGCCACUCAGUUCUACUUUGAGAAAGGGGGGAACUAUCAGCACGAGCUUCCGGAAGCGGUGGUGGAGCAGACGCCGGAGACCAGCACCUCAGACCAGACUCCCAGCAGCCCCGACGCCCCUCCGGAGUUCCAGUACAGUGACCUCCUGAAGCUUCUCUGCAGCGUGCGCUACAGCUCCGUGUUGUUCGUCGCCUGGUUCAUGGGCUUCGGCUACGGCUUCGUGUUCACCUUCCUCUACUGGCAUCUGGAGGACCUGAAGGGGACGACCACGCUGUUUGGUGUCUGCUCCGUCCUGAGCCACAUCUCUGAGCUUGCCGCUUACUUCACCAGUCACAAGUUCAUCGAGCUGGUUGGACAUGUCAGAGUGCUGUACAUUGGCCUGGCCUGCAACACAGCGCGGUACUUGUACAUCUCCUAUUUGCAGAACGCCUGGACUGUGCUGCCCAUGGAAGUCCUUCAAGGUGUCACUCACGCUUCAGUUUGGGCGGCGUGCAUCUCCUUCCUGAGCGCCGCAGUCCCUCCAGCGCUGAGGACGUCGGCGCAGGGAAUCCUGCAGGGCCUCCACCUGGGUCUGGGCCGCGGCUGUGGAGCCAUGGUGGGAGGAGUGUUUGUCAACUACUUUGGUGCUGCAGAGACAUUCAGAGGAAUAGGCAUGGCCUCACUCGUCAUCCUCCUCAUAUUUUCCUUCAUCCAGUGUUUGGGCGGAGGGAUUGAGGGGAAAGAGGACAAGAUGUUGGCCGAGAACGUCCCAGUCCCCUCCAGCCCGGUCCCCAUCGCCACCAUCGAUCUGGUUCAGAGCCACAACGGCGUUGGUAGCCCCACCCCGGGCCUCCAUUCUCCUGUCUUACCCGUCAGGAAGACCAAGCACCAAGAGGAUCAGGAGGACGUGACCCGGCCGGCGUGGAUGCUCUCCGGAUCCCCGUGGGUCACCAUCGCCUUUGCCAUCUUCCAAAUCAAGGAGAUGAUGAACAUGGCCAAACUCGGCAGACCUCCACCAGAGACUCGCCCCCUGCAGGUACCUAAUGAGCAGGAGGCGACUGAGAGCGUUAAUAUGGAGGAGGAGGAGGAGGAGGAGUCGCCGCACAGAAAUUCAGGUGACGACAACACAGACCCACCGCCAGCCACCUCAGAACCACCCACACAACCUAACACCACCCACCCAAAUGAAGACCAAACGCACCCGUCCUCAGACAGAGGAGGGCCCACAGAAGACCCAGCUGUUAUAGCAGAAAACACAGACUGACGUUUUAGGUUUCAAUUAUUUUUUACCCACUUAAGCUUCAAACUCUGGGUUUUAUUGCUGCAAAAACACCCAUCUCAACAAAUCAUCUUAAAUUUUACGCGUCGGGUCCUUUCUGAAGUGGGAUCAAUGGUUAACGGUUUUUAAGACUUAGACUUGUUCGAAUGGGUUGUUUUUUUUUUGCAUUUGGGACUUUGUUGUGAACGAUUAAAUGACACAAAAACAAAAAAGAGCCGUGUUUGGGCCGCAUUUUGCAAAUCCGACACGCCUCACAACUGCACUAUAUUAUUAUUACAACUGCCGUUUGUCGGCGGAGUGUGAAGGAAAGUCCUUCGAGUGUAAAGAAUGUGCCUCUCAAUAAGUUAUUUGUCGAUUUAUUUAUAUAUAUAUAUAUAUAUAUAUAUAUAUAUAUAUAUAUAUAUAUAUAUAUAUACAUAUAUAAAAAAGGGAAGUCAAUUUGUAGAUUUUAAAUGACGCAACAGCACAAUCGUGACACAUUCCAUUCAUUUUCACUGGUGAACUAGGUUUAAAACUUUAGCAGAUAUUAGCUUGCGUUGUUAUAAAAUGCUUCCCAGUUGUGAAUUCACCACCCGUAUUUUUCAUAUUGACUGUGGACCAGAAACUUCAGGAAAUAUUGGGUUUUAAAUAAAACCUUUUAAAUAUUCAUAUUUCAGGUAUGACUUUUCCAAAAAAACACACAGUUUUAAUGUUUUCUGCUGCAGGCCGCAGUGUUAGCGUUUAACGAGACGCGACACACCUGUUCUGUCAACAGUUUGUCCUAGCAACCGGUUUAGAGCUAUUUUAAUCUGGGUUCAGGCCACAUUAAUCUUAAUUUAAUCAUGAAAUGUUGUUAUAUGCUGCUGCCAGACUAGUUUGUAAAAUGUACUCUUUAUUUAAUUUAUUUUUUUGGCUGCAACACAAAAAACAUUCCUUAAAUUGCAUCAUGUGAGGGUUUUAAAAAAAACGGAUUUAAAAGUCUGAAAAUGAACCUGCCGAAACUGCUUUUAUAUCUUCUUACCAUCUCUCUUUUGCCGAAUCUUACUGUGUCCUUGGCAACGCUGUAUUAAAACGUUGUCUGUGGACGAGAGGGUCUGAAAUAAUAAUAAUAAUAAUAAUUAUUAUUAUUAUUAUUAUUAUUGUUAUUAAUAAUAAUAAAUGAAACAGUGUUUGUCAAACUCGUGACAUUGACUUCAGUUUCCAGUGCAGUCACAGUACACUAAGUGGAUCUGGGGUGGAAAGAUGUCACAGCAUGCAUUAUUUCAGAUUUCACCAUCCUCGUGCUUGUAUAUUUUCCUGAUGAGCACUUAACUGUAGAAGGAGCCGGAAAUUAAGAAGUGCCUCAUUUUAAACUGACUGUACGCCUUUAAAUCGUCUUUGUCGUCUUAACUUAUUAUUACAAAGAUGUCAAGCAAGGAUCCCUUUACUGUGAGAGAGAGAGAGAGAGCUCUGUCAUCUUUAUUGCAUUUAUUGGGGUUUGUUUUGUUUUUGUUUUUUAUCGCGAAGGUCGAUUUCACUGCUUUCGUAUUUAAAUAACUGCCAAUAACUGACACGCCGUACCUGCUGUCUUUGAUUUCAAUGCCAAAAAUGCCCAGUAUUCCGUGUUUUUGAGGUGUUUCCCCAAGUAGGAACGUAUGUUUGGAAUUGAAGAAAUUCUGUUUACUGUUGAUUGCUUAAAGAUUAAAGGAGGUUUUUUGGGGGGGAAAAAUAGCAGCAAAGUGUGUUUCUCUUUGUGUGUGUUUUUAAGCCAGUAUCAACACUAGAAUGCAGUAUCACUGUAACCACCAUAUUACCAGAAUUAUUAAAGGUGUUGAUGAAAAGCA